AAAACGCGCAGGUUUCGAGGAGCUAGAGGACCCCUGUCAUUCUUUUCGUGCGGUUCUUUUUGUCCUCUACUGUAGCUCUUGUGACUUGCAGUGAUAUUAAUUCGCGAAACGCACGUCGUUCUUUUUUUGUAUCCUGGUUUUUCCUGAGGGAAAAGAGUCGUCGUUUGUGCCAGUGCCACAGGCAGUACUGCAGCAGCCACGAGAAGAUAGCCAUAGUAUCGAUCGAGUUCAGGAUGUUCGCCUCGAAGCGUGAGGAGAGUGUGGCACUAUCGAGCGCGGUAAUUCUUGGUCGGUAUUUUUUCGAGUUUCGUCGAUAUCGAGAUACACAUAGAAGUUAGAACUGCUUCCAAUCCUCACGUCACGAAGGUAGUAAAUUGCUGCGCCAUUCCAAAUCUUUCACCAACAAGGCAGGGCACCGCGUUUUUUCUCCACCUCGAUUAAGGAAUACACUUCGUCAUCAUGCCGAAGGAAAACAAGAUGGCAAGCAUGAAGAAGAUGGCCAUGAAGAAGAAGAUGGUCAUGAAAAAAUGGUCGGCUGACGAGAUGCUCGCGCUGAAUACGGUUUACUGGAAGAAGAAGGCCCAGCAGCUCAUCGCCGAGAGGAAGAAGCGUGAGCUGGAGGAGGAACUGGAGGCGGAGGAGGAUGACUACUGGGAGGCGCAGGGUGAUUCCUCGGAGGAGAAAAAACCGGUCCCACCCCGUACGGCCAAGAACAAAACGCCCGCGAAGGAGAAGGUCGACGCCAAGAAAAGCAAAUGGUACAAGCCGAAGGGGUAUCAAAUGUAAAAGUGUCUGGGUCUGGAAGAUUGCUACUUGUCAUGCUAAAUCUGCAGCAUGCAAAAAUCUGUGUUGCAUGAUUACCAAAAGUCGCCCAAUUUUGACCAAGUCGGGAGGUAGUUGCUCAUGCAGGAUAGGCAUAAGAAAGAUCUCGCAGGAUCUGUCAUGCUAGGUCCGACAUUCCAGACCUCAUGGGCCAUGGAAAAGCAGCAUGACAAAUCGUGCCUUCUUCCAGACCCAGACAUUUUUACACUUGAUAAGGGGUUUUAUGCGUAGAAUGUUCGCGCCAUUGUGUUCCUUUGUCCGAGUUUGUAGCGCUGAAUACACAGUGACAAAGGACGCAAAAGAGCUGCGGCGCUGUGGGGGUCGUCCACACGCACAGACUCGUGGCAAUUCCUCCCGUGACUUUGAGUGUGAUUUUAGAGCCUUGGUCGAGGAAU